GGUUGAGUUCAUGCAGAGAGCUUCCAGAAUGUCAAGAGAGCCGAAUCUGUCUCUCAACCACAAUUCGAAGAUCUUAAUCGUCGGCGCCGGCGUCUUCGGCCUAUCAACGACUCUCCACCUCCUCAAAAGAGGCUAUACGAACAUCCACCUCUUCGACCGCCAACCCUUCCACUCAAAUCACUACGCUGAGUCCGCCGGAGCCGAUGGAGCGAGCUGCGACAUCAACAAGAUCGUCCGAGCAUCCUAUGGCGGGCAAUAUCUGUACCAAGACCUCGCCUUCAAGGCUAUGCCAGAGUGGCAACGAUGGAACGAGGAACUCUCUGCAACGCCGGCAUCCGAACUGCCAGAUUCUCUCUCGCAAGACCUCAAGCUGUGGCAUAACGUUGGCUUCCUCCGACUGAGUGGCGGCAACGGAGGUCUAGCACAAAGCGAGAUCGACACGCAAGCAAACUUCCCAGCCAGCAUCAAAGACACUCAAUACCGCACCUCCGACCCCCAGCGUAGAAAUGAUGCCCUCAAAGCCGGUACUCCGUCUUCAAAGCUCGAUCCCUUCGAUCGCCUGUCCCGCGACCUUCCCACCGAUGGCAUUCUCGACACAACAGCAGGCUUCGUCCUCGCCAGCCACGCCUGUGCCUGGGCACUACACCUCUGCCAACGCUCCGGACACGUGACAACCCACUUCGGACCCAGCCACGCCCUCAAAUCUCUCCUCAAAGCCGGCGACCGCGUAACAGCAAUCACAACAGCAGCCUUCGAACGCCACACCGCCGACUUUGUCCUCAUCGCGUGCGGAGGCUGGACACCUUCUCUCCUGCCAGAAACCGAACAACUUCUCGAAACGACCGCGGGCAGUAUUCUCGGUAUCCACAUCCCAGGGUCCAGACCCGAUUUACGAGCUAGAUUCUCCGGCGACAACUUCCCCGUCUGGUCGUGGGACAUGGGCGGGUUUGGCUCCGACUCCGGCGGGUUUGGAGGCAUCUACGGCCUUCCUUUGACACCAGACAACGUGCUCAAAAUCGCUUUCCGUGGAGCAAAAUGGACGUCAUACACUCGCCCAUCUCAGACACCAUCCUCGACAGACAAGACCGCCAUCUCGUACCCCGAAACGUCUCUCGAUCAGAUCCCAGCGGAGGCAAUGCGUGUCCUCCGCACUUUCUGCGUCACUCAUCUCCCGGACCUUCUCACCCUCGACCUCACCACCUGCCAUAAGCAGGCUAUGGUUGGGAAUGAAGCGUGGAGGACGGGAAAGGGGCUGGAGGAGAAGUGUAAAUUGUGA